CUUUCUAAGGCAAAAGAACAUUACAAAAUAUCUAUCUAUAUCCACUUUCAAUCGAAAUGGCUGAUCAAAAACCUCUAAUGAUCUGGUCAGAGGCCAACAACUAUGAAUCAUUCCUUCAAGAAGACAUAUUCUCGUUUCUUGAUCAAUCACUUUCCAUCGAUCCUCACAGCUCUUUCAUUAACCCUUUUAAGGAUUUUCAAACCCAAACUUGGUUUUCUUUCCAAGACAGCAUUGUUAAUCCUAUAUCUACUACCUUUGCGGCUGAUCAUACGUUUCUGGCUUCACUUGAUCUUGAAGCAAUCUCUAGUACUUUCUCUCUAGAUAUAAUGAGUGGAUGGUGGAAUGAGAAUAAUGGUAACUACAAUAACCAGGUCGAACCAAUUCUUGAUGAUAUUUCAAGAACUAAUACCAUGGGAGAUCCAAAGAUGGGGAAAAUAUUGCAUGAAGAUGUUAACACAACUAUAAAAGAGAAAACAAGCCAGAAGAGGAUAAUUAUGAAGAGGCGAUAUAGAGAAGAUGGAGUCAUCAAUAGUUUGUCAAGGGAAAUGAUGAAGCAGUACUUCUACAUGCCGAUAACUAAAGCAGCCAAGGAGCUUAACAUUGGUGUAACCCUCUUGAAGAAAAGAUGUCGUGAGUUAGGUAUUCCUCGUUGGCCUCACCGUAAGCUCACGAGCCUUAACGCUCUAAUUGCUAAUCUCAAGGACUUGUUAGGGAACACGGAGGGAAAAACGCCCAAGAGUAAGCUGAGGAACGCUUUGGAGCUUUUGGAGAUGGAGAAGAAGAUGAUUGAGGAAGUUCCGGAUUUGGAAUUUGGGGACAAGACUAAGAGGUUAAGGCAGGCUUGCUUCAAGGCUAAAUACAAACGGAGAAGGCUCUUCUCGUCUUCUUCAUGAGAGCAAGAGCUCGUCUCUAGAGAGAUCUAACCUUCUAUGACUUAAGUUAAGUUUGGUACUAUAUGAGUCGUGUAGUAAGACCAAGAUAAGAGUACUAGCUAGUCGUCUCUUUUGAUUAUGAUCUAAUUCUCAUGAAACUUGGAUCUAUUCCAGUUUUUAUUUUGACUUUUUGGUUUUCUAGUUGAAUUGGUCUUUUACAACUAAAAAAAUUCGAAUGAAUCCUUUUUCUUUUU